AGGGUGGGGCUUUUUGGAGCGCCGGGGGAACUUUUUCCCCUUCUUCAGGCCCGGGGAAAGGGAAUGCCCAAUUCCGAGAGACAUGGGGGCAAGAAGGACGGGAGCGGAGGAGCUUCUGGAACUUCGCAGGCGUCAUCGGGAGGUGGCAGCUCCAACAGCAGGGAGCGUCACCGCUUGGUGUCGAAGCACAAGCGGCAUAAGUCCAAGCACUCCAAAGACGUGGGGCUGGUGACCCCCGAAGCGGCAUCUUUGGGUACCAUAAUCAAACCACUGGUGGAGUACGAUGACAUCAGCUCUGAUUCAGACACCUUCUCCGAUGACACGGCCUUCAAAUCAGACCGGAGGGAGAACGAUGAACGUCGGGGAACGGAUCGGAGCGACCGCCUGCACCGACAUCGUCACCACCAGCACCGGCGGUCCCGAGACUUGCUAAAAACUAAACAGACCGAAAAGGAAAAAAAUCAGGAAGUCUCCAAAUCUGGAUCUAUGAAGGACCGGGUAUCAGGCAGUUCAAAACGUUCCGUGGAGGGGAGUGAUGAUUAUGGGAAGGCCCAGAUAUCCAAAAGCGGCAGCAAGGAAUCCAGGUCGUCCAAAAUGCACAAGGAGAAGACCCGGAAAGAACGAGAGUUAAAGUCUGGAUACAAGGACCGGAGUAAAAGUCAUCGGAAACGGGAAACACCCAAAAGUUACAAAACGGUGGAUAGCCCUAAACGGAGAUCCAGGAGUCCCCAUAGGAAAUGGUCUGACAGUUCCAAGCAAGAUGACAGCCCUUCUGGAGCUUCUUAUGGCCAAGACUACGAUCUUAGCCCCCCAAGGUCUCAUACUUCUAGCAACUAUGACUCCUACAAGAAGAGUCCUGGAAGUACCUCAAGAAGGCAGUCAAUCAGCCCACCUUACAAAGAGCCUUCUGCUUACCAGUCCAGCACUCGGUCACCCAGUCCUUACAGCCGACGACAGAGGUCUGUGAGUCCCUAUAGCCGGAGACGGUCCUCCAGCUAUGAAAGGAGCGGCUCUUACAGCGGGAGAUCACCCAGCCCCUAUAGCCGAAGACGAUCAAGCAGCCCUUUCCUGAGCAAGAGGUCUCUGAGUCGGAGUCCAAUCCCCAGUAGGAAAUCCAUGAAGUCCAGAAGUAGAAGUCCUGCAUAUUCAAGACACUCGUCUUCUCAUAGUAAAAAGAAGCGAUCCGGGUCACGCAGUCGUCAUUCCAGUAUCUCACCUGUCAGGCUUCCAUUGAAUUCCAGCCUGGGAGCUGAACUCAGUAGAAAAAAGAAGGAAAGAGCAGCUGCUGCUGCAGCAGCAAAAAUGGAUGGAAAAGAGUCUAAGAGUUCACCUAUAAUUUUGCCUAAAAAAGAGAAACUUGAGGUGAAGGAGUCAGGGUUAGAGUCUAAAAAGUUACCCAGAAGUAUAAAAUCAGAAAAAUCCACCCCAGAUACUGAACUGGUUAAUGUAGCACAUUCAAACCCAGAGGUAAAAAACUGUUCAGAUACAGGGAAAGUUAAGUUGGAUGAGAACUUGCAGAAGCAUCCUGUUAAGGAUUUGAAAGCACAGGGAACAAAGGACGCUAAACCUGUAGCACUGAAAGAGGUGAUUGUUACUUCAAAGGAAACAGAGACAUCAGAAAAGGAGACUCUUCCACCUCUUCCCACCAUUACUUCUCCACCCCCUUUACCAGCUACUACCCCUCCACCACAGACACCCCCUUUGCCACCUUUGCCUCCACUACCAGCUAUUCCGCUGCAGCCACCUCUGCCUCCUCCCCAACCACCAUUUAGUCAAGUUCCUGUUUCAAGUACUUCAAUUUUGCCCUCUUCUCCUCACCCAAGGACAUCUACUCUAUCCUCUCAGACAAAUUCUCAGCCCCCUGUACAGGUUUCUAUGAAGACUCAAGUAUCUGUAACAGCUGCUAUUCCACACCUGAAAACUUCAACAUUGCCUCCUCUGCCCCUCCCUCCCCUAUUACCUGGGGAUGAUGACAUGGAUAGUCCAAAAGAAAUGAUUCCUUCAAAGCCUGCAAAGAAAGAGAAGGAACAGAGGACUCGCCACUUGCUUACAGACUUGCCUCUUCCUCCUGAGCUACCAGGAGGAGAUCCGUCGCCUCCAGAUUCUCCAGAGCCAAAGGCAAUUACACCACCUCAACAACCAUAUAAAAAGAGACCAAAAAUCUGUUGUCCUCGUUAUGGGGAAAGAAGGCAAACAGAAAGUGAUUGGGGGAAGCGCUGUGUGGACAAGUUUGACAUUAUUGGGAUUAUUGGAGAGGGGACCUAUGGCCAAGUAUAUAAAGCCAAGGACAAAGACACAGGAGAACUAGUAGCUCUGAAGAAGGUGCGGCUAGACAAUGAGAAAGAGGGCUUCCCAAUCACAGCCAUCCGGGAGAUCAAGAUUCUUCGUCAAUUAGUUCAUCAGAGUGUUGUAAACAUGAAGGAAAUUGUCACAGACAAACAAGAUGCACUGGAUUUCAAGAAGGACAAAGGUGCCUUUUACCUUGUAUUUGAAUAUAUGGACCAUGACUUAAUGGGACUGCUUGAAUCAGGUUUGGUGCACUUUUCUGAGGACCAUAUCAAGUCAUUUAUGAAACAGCUAAUGGAAGGACUGGAUUACUGUCACAAAAAGAAUUUCCUCCAUCGGGAUAUUAAAUGUUCUAACAUUUUGCUGAAUAACAGCGGGCAAAUCAAACUGGCAGAUUUUGGACUUGCUCGGCUCUAUAACUCUGAAGAGAGUCGCCCUUACACAAACAAAGUCAUUACUCUUUGGUAUCGACCUCCAGAGCUGCUUCUUGGAGAGGAGAGAUACACACCAGCCAUUGAUGUUUGGAGCUGUGGGUGCAUCCUUGGGGAACUGUUCACAAAGAAACCUAUUUUUCAAGCCAAUUUGGAACUGGCUCAGCUAGAACUUAUCAGUCGUCUCUGUGGUAGUCCUUGUCCAGCAGUGUGGCCUGAUGUUAUCAAGCUGCCCUACUUCAACACCAUGAAACCGAAGAAGCAAUACAGGAGACGCCUAAGAGAAGAAUUCUCUUUCAUUCCUUCAGCGGCACUUGAUCUAUUGGACCACAUGCUGACACUGGAUCCUAGCAAGAGGUGCACAGCUGAACAGACCCUACAGAGUGACUUCCUUAAAGAUGUGGAACUCAGCAAAAUGGCACCUCCAGAUCUACCUCACUGGCAGGAUUGCCAUGAAUUGUGGAGUAAGAAACGUCGACGGCAGCGACAGAGUGGUAUUGUGAUAGAAGAGCAACCUCCGUCCAAAGCUUCUAGAAAAGAAACUACCUCAGGGACAACAGCUGAGCCUGUGAAAAACAAUAGCCCAGCGCCACCUCAGCCUGCUCCUGUCAAGGCAGAGCCUGGUCCAGGGGAUGCAGUAGGCCUUGGUGACAUCACACAGCAGUUGAAUCAAAGUGAAUUGGCAGUGUUAUUAAACCUGCUUCAGAGCCAAACUGACCUGAGCAUCCCUCAGAUGGCACAGCUGCUUAAUAUCCACUCCAAUCCAGAGAUGCAACAGCAGCUCGAAGCCUUGAAUCAGUCUAUUAGUGCACUGACUGAAGCCAGUUCCCAGCAGCAGGACUCAGAAUCCAUAGCCCCCGAGGAAUCAUUGAAGGAGGUACCUUCUGUACCUGUGGUCCUGCCUCCUGCUGAGCAGACAACUCCUGAAGCUUCAAACACACCAGCUGACAUGCAGAAUGUGUUGGCAGUUCUCUUGAGUCAGCUGAUGAAAACCCAAGAGCCAGCAGGUAACCUGGAGGAAAACACCAAUGACAAGAAUAGUGGGCCACAGGGGCCCCGAAGAACUCCUACAAUGCCACAGGAGGAGGCAGCAGCAUGUCCUCCUCACAUUCUUCCACCAGAGAAGAGGCCCCCUGAGCCCCCUGGACCUCCACCGCCGCCACCUCCACCCCCUCUGGUUGAAGGCGAUCUUUCCAGCGCCCCCCAGGAGUUGAAUCCCGCCGUGACAGCCGCCUUGCUGCAACUUUUAUCCCAGCCUGAAGCAGAGCCUCCUGGCCACCUGCCACAUGAGCACCAGGCCUUGAGACCAAUGGAAUACUCCACCCGAUCCCAUCCAAACAGGACUUACGGAAAUACUGAUGGGCCUGAGACAGGGUUCAGUGCCGCUGACACUGAUGAACGCAGUUCUGGUCCAGCCUUGACAGAAUCUUUGGUUCAGACCCCGGUGAAGAACAGGACCUUCUCAGGCUCUGUGAGCCACCUUGGGGAGUCCAACAGCUACCAGGGCACAGGGUCAGUGCAGUUCCCAGGGGACCAGGACCUCCGUUUUACCAGGGUUCCCUUAGCAUUACACUCAGUGGUUGGGCAACCAUUCCUCAAGUCUGAGGGAAACAGCAACUCUGUGGUACAUGCAGAGACCAAAUUGCAAAACUAUGGGGAGCUGGGACCAGGAAACACUGGGGCCAACAGCUCAGGAACAACGCUUCAGUGGGGGGGCCCAGCUCAGUCUUAUGGAAAACCCUACAGGGGGGCUGCAAGAAUCCCACCACGAGGGGGAAGAGGGAGAGGAGUUCCUUAUUAACACAGAGACAUCAAAUGCCCUGAAAGAAUCCUUCCCUGUCCAUCUUUCCAUCUAGUUCUAUGAACCUUUAAUGAACUCUCCUGCCAGAGCAAGGUAAUCAUCGGCAUUCGGCUACUGCAGUGCUGUCUGUCGUUUUCACUUGCUGCUAGCAGACGAGUCAACCAUGUUGGCACCAGUUCUUCCAAAAUGGGCAAUAGCCAGAAUAUUUACUUCCGCUCUGUGUAGGAGCUAUAGUAGAAAAAUAUGGAGAGAAAGACACAUUCAAUUGAAAAAUAAUUGUUCCAUUAGCUCAUUGCCUGCACUUAAGCAGAAGAGAACUAUUUUGUUUUGAGAUGGCUCUGGAGAGGCUUUGAUUUUUAAAAAUUAUUUGUUUUAUUUUCUUGUGUGUGUAUGUAUGUGUGUGGGUGUAUAUAGUUUGUUUUGAAUUUUUAUUUAGUUUCCUACCCCAAACUCCCCUACCGCCCUUGAAAGAGAAGAGUAUUGAAAAGAUCUGAGCUCCUCUAAGGCCUUUGCUAGAAGGGUAACAGUGGACUGGCUGGCUCAAAUGUUUCCUUCCUCUCUACCAUCUCAUAUUUUUGCUUCAGUGAUCACUCCCUUUACCCCUGUUGAAUAUCUUGUACAUACCUUUUUCUAAAUAAAUCAUCCUUAUGUUUGCUCAAUUUUGACAAAAGUUAUGUCCCUCUUCCUGCACACGCAGCAGCAUGUAGGCAGAGGUGUUCUCGGGCGAGUAGGCAGACUUCACCCAAUCCUUGGUUUUUUGCUUGUUUCUCCCUCUUUUCUUUUUUCUCCUUCCUCCCUUGUGUGUUCACCCCUAUUCUCUUUGUCUCUUUUUGAGGCAUUUGUUUGAAAAAAAUACAUAGUAGAGAUGCCCGGGAACCUGGAAUAAUACUUUGCCCUUUUCUUUUUCCUUUUUUUUCUUUCUUUCUUUUUUUUUUUUUUUUUAAUAAAGGAAAGGAAAUUCAAACUCCUACAUUGUUCUCCGUAACUCUUCAAUUCUAAGAUUUUUGGUUUUUGUUUUUUUAAGCCACGUUCUGAUGGGGAAGUUGAUUUAUUAAUGGACAGCAUAGGACAUUGCUGCUGAGCCGUGGUUAGAAAUUAUACCACCAUACCUACCUAGAGGGGUAAUAAGAUCAGUAAGCAUGUUUACAUGAAUAUUUUUGUGUUUGAAAGAAGAAGAAAACUUUAAAACAGAGCCUUGUGAUAUUGUCAGGAAAAUCCUGAAAAUCCAUGAGCACAUAACCCAGUUUAGGUUAUAUAUCUGAAGAUUUAUCAAUUCCCGAUACUUUAAAGAACAAUUUUUAAACAGUCCAUCAGAAAGAACAGUAUUGAUAAGUAUAUGUCUCAGCAUGUACAUCCAACCAUUUCUUACAGGGAUCAUUUUUGAUUGUGGUAAAGGGUGUAGUCCCGUAUGACUUCCGGAAAAGAACUUUGCCUUUGCAGAACAGGAAAUGGAUGAGAGGAAGGAUUUCAGGGUGGGGUAACUUGAGAGACUUCUCAUGGCUUCCAUUUCUCAGUAUCAGCAUCUGGAGUAUUUUAAAAACAGAUUAAUGUCAUGUAAGUGGGCUGCACAGUUUUAGGGUAAGCUCUCUUUUACAAAGGCAAACAUACUUCACCAUCUCGGAGAAUAGUUUUCAGAAACUCAAAUAAAAUUUCAUGUUUCAAUACCAA